AGCUCAGGGAAGAGAAGUUGAGACUCGGCGAACACAGGCAGCUCAGUAACGAGCCGCAGCGGCCGCAGCCGGAGCUGAGCGGACCGAGCCCAGCCGAACCGAAGCGAACCGAGGCCAGCAGACAAGCGGCCGGCCGGCCCGGGGGAGCCAGAGAGCCGCUCCCCCUUCCCCUCCUCCCUGCAGGGUGCCCGGCGGGCCGGGGCUCUGCCUGGACCAUGCCGAUCCUCCUCUUCCUCAUAGACACGUCCGCCUCCAUGAACCAGCGGGCGUAUCUGGGCACCAGCUACCUGGACAUCGCCAAGGGCGCCGUGGAGAUCUUCAUGAAGCUGCGGGCCCGGGACCCGGCCAGCCGCGGCGACAGGUACAUGCUGGUUACCUUCGACGAGCCGCCCUAUUGCAUCAAGGCUGGAUGGAAGGAAAACCAUGCAACAUUUAUGAAUGAACUGAAAAAUCUUCAGGCUUCAGGACUAACAACCCUUGGUCAGGCACUCAGGUCAUCGUUUGACUUGUUAAAUCUCAAUAGAUUAGUGUCUGGAAUAGACAACUAUGGACAGGGAAGAAAUCCAUUCUUUUUGGAGCCAUCUAUUUUGAUUACCAUCACAGACGGAAACAAACUGACAAAUACUGCUGGAGUUCAAGAGGAGCUUCAUCUUCCUUUGAAUUCUCCUUUGCCUGGAAGUGAACUAACCAAAGAACCAUUUCGUUGGGAUCAAAGGCUGUUUGCUCUAGUGCUGCGUUUGCCAGGAGCUGCAUCUGCUGAACCAGAGCAGCUUGGGAGUGUGCCUACUGAUGAAUCUGCUAUCACACAGAUGUGUGAAGUGACAGGAGGUCGUUCUUACUGUGUUCGGACACAACGAAUGUUGAAUCAAUGUUUAGAAUCUCUAGUUCAGAAAGUCCAAAGUGGAGUUGUUAUUAACUUUGAAAAGUCAGGACCAGAUCCAGCUCCUAUUGGAGAAGAUGGACUUGUUGAUUCAUCCAGGCCCAUCAAUUCAUUUGCUUCUCAACCCUGGCAUAGUUGUCAUAAACUCAUUUAUGUACGGCCUAACCCUAAAACUGGUGUUCCUGUUGGGCAUUGGCCAAUCCCAGAAUCUUUUUGGCCUGAUCAGAAUUCACCAACACUGCCUCCACGCACAGCUCAUCCAGUUGUGAGGUUCUCCUGUGUUGAUUGUGAACCCAUGGUAAUAGACAAGCUCCCUUUUGACAAGUAUGAGCUUGAGCCUUCACCCUUAACACAGUACAUUUUGGAACGAAAGUCUCCCCAUACCUGCUGGCAGGUAUUUGUGAGUAGCAGUGGAAAAUACAGUGAACUUGGCCAUCCAUUUGGGUAUUUAAAAGCAAGCACUACUUUAACCUGUGUAAACCUCUUUGUGAUGCCUUACAACUACCCUGUUUUACUUCCGUUGUUAGAUGACUUGUUUAAGGUUCACAAACUUAAGCCAAAUCUGAAGUGGCGACAGGCUUUUGACAACUACUUAAAAACAAUGCCUCCUUACUACUUACUGCCAUUAAAGAAAGCCCUAAGGAUGAUGGGAGCUCCAAAUCUGAUAUCAGAUAAUUUAGAUUGUGGACUUAGUUACAGUGUUAUCUCUUACCUUAAAAAACUCAGCCAACAGACAAAAAUAGAGUCGGAACGGAUAAUAGGUUCAGUGGGUAAGAAAGUUCCACAAGAAAUUGGAAUAAAAGUGAAAAAUCACUCCAGUGGCCUCUCGUUGGUACACAGUAGGGAUUUUAAGCAACUGCUGCAAGGGAUCACUGGGGAAUCUCCACUGAGACUGUCGGAAAUGAAUGUUAAAGAAUUUGCUGGCUUCCACAUAGGACUUUUAAACAAGGAUUUGAAGCCACAGGCAUUCAGAAAUGCCUAUGAUAUUCCUCGUCGCAGUCUUCUAGACCAGCUAACCAGAAUGAGAGCCAACCUUCUGAAAACACACAGGCUUAUCUUGGGGCAAGAUGAAGACUGCCUUCACAGUGUUCCUGUUGCUCAAAUGGGAAAUUACCAGGAAUACCUGAAAAUGAUGCCUUCACCCCUUCGGGAGAUUGACCCAGAUCAACCAAAAAGGCUUCAUACAUUUGGCAAUCCAUUUAAACAGGAUAAAAAGGGUAUGAUGAUAGAUGAAGCAGAUGAAUUUGUUGCUGGGCCUCAGAAUAAGAUCAAACGUCCUGGGGAGCCCAAUACUCCAGCAUCACUGAAGAGAAGGCGCAGUAUGUCCCCACUCCUGAGACGGCCACAGUCACCUCCUGUUGUAACAAAUCAUGUUGGUGGAAAAGGGCCACCAGCUGCCUCUGGAUCCCCAUCAUAUCUGAACUUUAAAGGUGUCCCAGCAAAUAAAGAUACCAAUAACAGUAUUAUCCAAGAUGGCAAUGGAGAGAAGAAAGCAGAAAAUUGUCAGUCACUGGAAAAGCAAAUUGAUGGCUUACCUGUACAAGUGGCUCCUUCACUUCCAGCUGCCAUGGGAGAGGAUGAAAUCUUGUCCAAUGAUUUGGACUCUCUACCUGUUGAAUUCAAUUGUUUAAGUGAGGAUGGGUUGGAUCAUAAACCUGGCACCAACGCGCUUGUUCGAGGACCUCUGAAUUACAGCGUGGCUGGAGAUGACCAAAAAAGGGUGAUAGAGUCUACUUCUGAACCAGUGCCAAAUUCCUUUAAAAUAACACCUAUGAUGUUGGAGGGAAACAAUGCUGAUAUCAAAAUUAAAGUGAUGAGAGAGGUUCGCAAACCUGGAAGAAAUUACGAAAAGAUUUUCUCUCUUCUUGAGGAGGUGCAAGGACCUAUGGAAAUUCAGAAGUAUUUCAUUGAAUUUGCUAUCAAGGAAGCAGCAAGGUUUAAAAAAAGAGUCUUAAUACAACACUUAGAGAGAAUACUAGAGGAGCUAGAGUUCAACAGCCUACCCAACAGAGUUAAUCAUGUCAACAGUAGAUAAUAAUGCACCGGCCAGACAAAUAUGGACCAGGAAUGAGUUUGCUGUGCCACAGAAGAGUGGAAGAGGAUGCAGCUGCUGCCCCCACCAUCUUGGCAGUCAAGUGAUUUUACUACACAGUCUGAGAAGAAGCAGUGGAGCUUUAACUUUAAGAACCUCUCUCGGCAGAAGCUGGGCUAUAACCUUAAGGAUUUGCUAUGAAAGGUGUGGCUUUUUUCCUGUGGAGGGUGCUAUUUGCUCAACAGGCUGAAGAAAAUAACCAUUGCUGCCCCUCCUGCAGGUGAUGAGAAUUUACUCAUUUGAACGCUGUCGUUAGACAUUUUACGUGCUAUAGGCAGCAGGUUGCACUAAAAUGGGGCACUGUCAAAUGCACACACUGUCUGCAUCGUGGAGAGAGCCCAAAAAAAAAAAAAAAAACCCUCCCAGAAACACCUGCAGUCAUAAAAUUGCAUGUUGCCACCACAGAGACAAGGGUCUUGUUCCCAAGAACUACUAGCCAUGCCUUUAAACUUGAAAUUCAGUGUAGAUUGAGAGUAAAGAAACUGCUAUUGUGUUAAUGAAAGCUAAAGACAGCCCUGUGACUGUUACCACCCGGUGGUCACUAAACAAUCUACCUCAGACUCUCUUCUGUUUUGUCUGCAGACAUUAUGAAAGUGCACCUGAGGCUUCCCAGGUCCCCGACUUCAGUUCUCUUUCAUCCUGUGAGGAGGACGGAGAUUCUUCAGGUGGCCUUGGCACACGCUGUGCUUUGGAAGCACUAAAAGGAAACGCUUUUAAAAACGUGUAUUUUAAUGUUCAUACAAAAGAGAUUAUUUUGAACAGUAUUGUUACCAGAUCACUAAUUUGAUAUUUUAACUGUAUAAAUUUUUUUGGAACAUAUGUAUAUAUAAAAUAAACCAUUUUAUUAAUUUUUAAGAAGUGCUGAUCUGA